AGUUUGACCAGAUAUGGUUAUAGCUACAAGUGUGCCUUCUGCAAGUAUGUCUCAGAGUUGAAGUCGAGAGCGAAUAGUUCACCUAGAACAUUGCUGACCUCAAAGUUGGUGGGUUUGAGAUUGUUUAGAAACCGGUAUUCAGACAAGGGCAUUUCGCUGAUCUUGGACUUGUAUGUAACACCAAGAAAUAAAAAACUGUAUAAGCACCAGCAAGGCUGAAAAAAAGAGAGGGAAUGUGAUGACUCUGCCAUGACAUUAACUGGUCUGCUUAAAGGUCCUAAGGUCUCUGCUAACUGAAUGCAUGCUGUGCCAUGAACGACAACCAUGAUUUCAUGGAAAGAAAAAUGAUAAUCGAGUGCCAUAAUGAAGAUAGUGGGAAAGAAAUGUAAAGUGCUGCGUGGGAUGGCCUCGUCUCUUCUUCCAAAGAAUUUAUUGUCUUCUUUCAUCUUUCUCCUCUUGGGGACUAUUAUUACUAUUGUCAUAGUGAUACUGCGGAAUUAUUUAAGUGACUGUCGCUUGAUGGCACUGUGCAAGAGGAAUGCUGAAGAAAAAACACAUUUAAAAUGCUGGUUUAGUAUGAUCAAAUGCUAUGAUCCUUCAGUAAGCAGUAAAGAAGAACAACCACAUUCAAAGAACUGGUUCAAUGCACUUGCUCGGAACGAUGUAAGGACAUUAACUGCCUGGAAUGCUCCUAUCCUGUGGGAAGGAACUUUCAAUCAAACAUACUUAAAUGAAUUUCAUAAAAAGAAAAAGACAGUAAUAGGCCUAACAGUUUUUGCAACUGGCAGAUACCUGGAAAAAUAUCUAAGGACAUUUUUGAUAUCUGCGGAGCAGUUUUUCAUGACUGGACAUCAAGUUAUAUAUUAUGUCUUUGCUGACGAUAUUGCUAAUGUUCCUCAUAUUGAGCUUCCUCAAGGCCGCUUCCUGAGGGUUAGUGAAAUAAAGGAAGAAAAAAGAUGGCAAGACAACAGUAUGAAACGCAUGCUUAUCAUUGGGCAAAUGAUAAAAAGUCACGCUAUGUAUGAAGUCGACUACAUAUUCUGCAUGGAUGUCGACCAGGUUUUUAAAGAUUCUUUUGGAGUAGAAACACUAGGUAAACGGGUUGCUCAGAUUCAAGCGUGGUUUUACAAAGCAGAUAAAAGUAAAUUUACUUAUGAAAGAAGGCCAAUUUCUGCUGCUUACAUUGCCGAAGACGAAGGAGAUUUUUACUACCAUGCUGCUGUGUUUGGCGGGACACCAUCAAAUGUUUUCGAUCUGGUGACUGCAUGCUAUGAAGGUAUUGAAAAGGAUAAAAAGAACAACGUAGAAGCAGUAUGGCACGAUGAAAGUCAUUUGAAUCGAUACCUUUUAAAUCACAAACCAACACUGCUGCUCUCUCCUGAGUACUGCUGGGAUGAAGUGAUCGGUCCAAGUAAAGAAAUUAGGACAGUACGUAUAGCAUGGGCUCCAAAACAGUAUGACAUAAUCCGAAAUAGUAAUGAAUAACUUUCUGAAAUCAGACUUGAGUUUAAACUAUGAUUCAGAGUGUGAGCUGAAGCAGUGUAGACUCCUGAGCUGAUGUUUGUAUCAGCAGAUUUUCCUGCAUACUGCCAUGUAGAACAUGGUGUGUUUUGCAUGAAGCAGACUCUUCUGUUUGUUUCAAGAUUCAUGUUACUGCUUACAGCUAAUAUAAUACUGCUUGCUUUUUCAAGUCAAAUGUACAGUUUUGACUUUUUUCACAGCCUUUCAUUUCACAGCUUUGAAGUCUAGAAACAUUAUUGAAAAUAAAAUCGAGUGGUAUCCCAUUAUGGUCAAUCAUCAAAGAUACUUAGCCUUUAAAUUCCAGAUGGGAUCAUGAACGUAUGACAGUUCCAUUAGCAUUUGCUUACUGAUUUUUUGCUGAAAGGGAGAUACUAUACUGCUCAUUGACUGCUUAUUUAAACUGUAGGUUCUGAUAUGCAUUUAAUGUUGUAUUCCAGCUGUUGGCUAAAACAUGGAGAACAUAAGGGACAGGAUCACAUUAUCUCAAAUGAAUUCUUCACUUCAUUUACUGAGCAGGCUCUCUACCUUGACAUUCCUGACAUUCAGUGAUUGAUAUCUGUGUUUACAUAUUGUCAGUUGUUAUUAUGAUGCCAUAAAGGAAGUAUUUUGUAAAAACUGUGGGCACCAGUUCAGAAAUAACGUUAUGUGCUAUUUCUGCCAGAAAAAAAAAAACUAUGAUAGUUGAAUUAUUUGGCCUUGGAUUUGAGUGGACUAGGUGCUGACCACUAGGACUGCUCAUAUAUUGCGUGUUCUUAAAGUUACAAAAACAUCCUUCGCUGUCAGAUCAAUACAAGUGAUGUAAUACUAAACAUGCAAAGCCAUAACCCUUCCUGCCUUUUCAAAAGCUUCCCAAAGUUCAGCUUUGACAGUAAUGAAAAUUUCUCAUACUGCAGAAUCACUGAAUACAGUAAAAAAGCAAUGACUUUCAGCUUUUUUGUGGUUAGGGGUUGCC